AUGGAUCUCAAUCGUCGGCUCAAUCAACAGGAAAAUCGAAUUCUGGAACUUGAAAAAGGAGCCCAAUUGGACAAGCAAAUCCCAACUGGUGGAUCAGGAAAAUCCUCGGCUUCGGAACAGUAUGGAGCCCAUGCUAGUAGUCAUCCAACACUAUCGCCCAGCCAAGCCAGCACAUCUCUUUCUGGAGUAGAUGCUAUUGAGCUUGACCCACCGAUUGCGACUCUGAGAUCAAUCCGAGAACUUGCAAAAUAUGAAGGGACACGCGAUUCCGAGCCUGAGGUGGCUAGGCGGAGUAGGAUAUCGCCAUUUGAUCCUGUACGACAAGGCAUUCUCACCGCAGAAGAUGCGCAGAAAGCAAUCAAUAUAUUCUUUGAUAAAUGUCACCCCUCCGCUCCUCUUCUAAAUCAAAGUACACGACAAUCAUGGAAUGAACGCGAACUCCACUCUCCGGCCCUGAUCUUGGCGAUAUGCUCUAUUGGUGCGAGAUUUUGGAGCAAGGGGAAUUUUGAUGAUUCAGCGAGAUCUGUGCAUCCCAAGUUCAAUGAGCUCACUUGUCUUCUGGAUAAGGCAGUCUCCCGACUUCUUCUUCGACCAACCCCAUCCGAUGUGACACUAGACUCGAUACGUGUUCUACUUCUAUAUGCACAGUGGAUGCCGUGUGUCCGAGAACAAGAAGAUGAAUUGGAGAAUGACGACCCCGCCCCUAGAUUUCCUCGAAGUCGGUAUAAUGAAAUCAGCGCAGGCGCUGUUUUGGGCUUAGCAAUGCGAUAUGCCCUUCUCAUGGGAUUAGAUCGAUCUGUCUUAGCACCAUUCCAAAUACGGGAUGCCCUGCCCUCUGGAGAUCAUAUUAGCAAAAUGCGUGUCUAUUACAACUUAAUCACAUGCAACUUUAACCUCAUGCUCACUUCUGGAUUUCCAGCAUCCAUAGACUUCGAUCCGGAAAUAGCAAUGAGGAUGGCUCGUACCUUCAGCUCGCACACUGAUUCUCAGUAUCCAGGAGAUCUUCGAGUCAGUGGACUUGUGGAGCUUGUGGCCCUUGUCAACCGCACUAUGCGAAGCUCCGGCGAUAUCUCUGGUCGUCGGCUCGGUCCAGCCUGUCUGAUGAAAUUGAACAGGGAGCUUGAUGAGUGGGAAAGAACAUGGAUUGUUCGCUUAAAGGAUACACCUUCAAAUCAUAACCAGAUGCCCUUCAAUUCAGUCAGAUGGUAUCGGCUUUCCCUGAAUAGCGCCUCUUUAACGCCUUGGCUUUCCGUUGAAACCCAUGAUCCCGGCAGACUCCAACGAGAUCCGCUACUUCAAAUGCUUAAGACUAGCUUGACAUCAGCUGCUCAGAUGAUACUCUCAUUGUCUAUUCAUGGCGCAAGAUUUGUUUGGAGGCUAGACUCACAGGAUACGUCUACCUUUCCCGAGGGCCCUUAUCAUGCCGAUUCAGAUUCGAUUAGUCGGCUGCACUGCACAGUUGACUCAACAUGGAUUUCACACACGUUUGCAGUCACAUUCCUAGUGCUUUGCUAUCUCAGAGGAAUAGUCGACGAUAACCUCCAAAUCUGUACGUUUGAUCGCAGCACAAUGGCACCUAGCCGCCUUUCACAGUUUUCGACAUCUAUCCUCGCCAAUCUUCUACAUCUGGCCAUUGAGGUCUUCGACAGUGUUUGUUCAUUGGCUACUUUUCACACUGCACAAGAUUUUCAAGGCAUUGUACAUUAUGCUUCUUCCCUUGUCCUUGAAGAUGGCGCCGACAAAGAAGACUGCCAAGAAGUCAAUGAUUAUGCAUUUCAAUCCCUACUAGAAGUGAUGAACGACUCUGGGGUUGAUUGGGCGGGCAAUCUUCUCGGUGGCUUUGAUGACUUUGCAGAUUGGAAUAUUGGGACUCUAUAA